UUAGAUCUUCCUCACAUGUUGUGCCUAGGAGUAGGAAGGGUAAAAAAAGAAGCAGAAGCUAAAGCUCCCUUUAUCAUCAUCUAUAGCGGGGGCAUUCACUCCUCCAAUCUUCAAUCUGCAAACGAGGAAAGAACCAUGGGAGGAACAGGAAGAAGCAUCCUCACACUUUCUCUCUCCUCAAACCUAAUAUCUCAUUCCAUAUUCUCAUUAUCAUCUAAACAUUGCUCCUCCUUUAGCAAACUUACUUUCCCUCCAAGGGUUUUACUAGGGUUUAGGCCCCUCUGUUCUUCUUCAUCCAUCGCCACUUUUGAAGCAGCAGAAGAACUCUCUAACCCCACCAAACAAUCAGUCCUCCUUGAAAAAUUGAGGGUUAGACACCUCAAAGAUGUCCCUAAAUCCUCAGAAAUCAAAACCCCAUCUGCAAAAUCAGCUUCAAGAUUGGUUAAUAAUGGUGAAUUUGAAGAGGGUUUUAGCAAAAAUUCAAAGAAAAAGGGGGGUGGUGCUCAUACUUUGGCUUCAAAUUUUGGUGAGUUGGGUUUGAAUGAAGAAGUAAUUGCUGCUUUGGAGGAAAUGGGUAUUUCAGCUCCUACUGAAAUUCAGUGUAUUGGUAUACCUGCUGUUCUUGAGGGGGGUAGUGUGGUAUUGGGGUCUCAUACUGGUUCUGGCAAGACUUUGGCUUAUAUGUUGCCCAUUGUUCAGCUAUUGAGGCGGGAUGAAGAAAUCUCGGGCAUCCGAAUAAAACCCAGGCGUCCACGAGCUAUUGUCCUUAGCCCAACAAGAGAGCUUUCUGAACAGGUCUUUCGUGUGGCAAAGUGUAUCAGUCAUCAUGCACGAUUCAGGUCUACUAUGGUAAGUGGUGGUGGUCGGUUACGACCCCAAGAAGAUUCACUUAAUGUCCCCAUAGACAUGGUAGUUGGCACCCCAGGAAGGAUUUUACAACAUAUUGAAGAUGGGAAUAUGGUCUAUGGUGAUAUCAAAUAUGUGGUUUUGGAUGAGGCAGAUACCAUGUUUGAUCAUGGGUUCGGUCCUGAUAUUCGUAAAUUUCUUGCCCCACUCAAGAAUCGUGCAGCAAAACCUAAUGACCCUGGGUUUCAAACUGUCUUGGUAGCUGCAACAAUGACGAAGGCAGUUCAAGAUCUGGUUGAUGAGGAGUUCCAAGGCAUUAUACAUUUGCGCACUUCAACACUGCACAAAAAGGUUGCAUCUGCUCGACAUGAUUUUAUAAGACUUACAGGAGCAGAAAACAAGCUGGAAGCAUUGUUACAGGUUCUUGAACCUAGCUUAUCCAAAGGAAAUAAAGUCAUGGUCUUCUGUAAUACUUUGGAUUCAAGUCGUGCCGCAGAUCACUUCCUUCGUGAAAACCAAAUCUACACAGUUAAUUAUCAUGGAGAAGUCCCAGCAGAGCAAAGGGUUGAGAAUCUCAAAAAGUUUAAAGAUGAAGAUGGUGAUUGUCCCACUUUGGUCUGCACUGAUCUAGCUGCUAGGGGACUGGACUUGGAUGUGGACCAUGUUAUCAUGUUUGACUUCCCUAGGAAUUCUGUUGAUUAUCUCCAUCGCACUGGAAGAACUGCACGUAUGGGUGCAAAAGGAAAAGUAACCAGUUUGGUUGCUAAAAGGGACGUGCCAUUGGCCACGCGUAUCGAGGAUGCUAUCAAUAAAAACGAGAGCUUGGAAUGUCUGAGUGUAGAUAGUGUAAGGAGGGAUAUUGCAAGGACGCGUAUUAGUCAACAGCUAGGAAGUAAUAUGAAGGUGAUUAGGACUUCUGCUUUGAAAAGGAGUGGCAGAGCUGAUCCAGCAAAAGCUGGAUACAACAGUGGUAGAGCUGUUUCAGCAAAGCCUGGAGGUCGAGGUCGAGGUCGAGGUCAAGGUCAAGGUCAAGGUCCUGGCAGAAGCAGCAGUAGUACAAGUGUUUCAGCAGUUGUACCUGGAAAAAGCAGUGGAAGACCUGCUUCAGUGAAAUCAACAGGUAAAAAACUAGCUACUCAGGCAACUGCAAGGAAAUCCUCCAGUGGAAAAGCAGUUACUGGAAAAUAUGGAAAAGCAAUUGAUCAGCCGAAACCAAAAUCUGGAAAGAUGGUGAGCCAGUUUAAACCUACAAAGAAAUCUUUCAAGGCCCCAAAAUUUACAACUGCCAGUACCACUAAGAGACCUUCCAAAAUCAGUGUUGUCGGAUUCCGUGGACGAACUUCUUCUUCGGUUACAAAAAGUUAACUUGAAUUUUUCAUUGUUUGGUAAAUUUGGGUUAUAUGUAAAUUAGAAGAAUUAUCGUCAUUUGUUGUGGGUUUUGCAACGUUUUUGUAGAAACUUGCUAUAUGAUAAUGGGUUUCAAUCGAUAUUAUAAAUUAUGCUUUUGUA